AUGAAAGUUCGCAGCAUCUCUGUGCCUUCAUUGCCGGUGGUGCAAUCUCCUGGAGAGCAACCCUUUGACAUCGAGCUUGAGGGUGGCGAUGUUGAAGACGAAGGACCAAUCAACCCCAAAAGAAAUUUGACGAAGCGAGAACUUCUACACCAGAGACUGGUUUUCGGGAGCAUCGUCUUCUCCCUGAACGCAGUCUGCAUAAUCUUGAGCGCCGUGGGCUACUCAGGGGUAUGGGUACUCUGCGCGAUCCUAUUUUUCAAGAGCAAAGACUUCUUGUCUGUCUGGAUCCAGAUAUUCUGUCGAAUCUAUUACGCCAUCAAACGACGAAUUGUUACCGCUCCUGCGAAAAGAGCAUCAUGGAUCCUGAGCCUUAUCCCGGCAUAUUCGGAAUCAGAAGAGCAAAUCGUGAAAACCCUCUUCUCCCUUCGAGACAAUGGCAUGGAGCAACAUCGCCAAGUAAUGUGCAUCAUACUUGAUGGGAAGCCACGUCCAAUCAAAGACCAUAUGACGAGAGUGGUCGCAUCAUUUGAAUGGAAGUACGUCUCCCUGAAGUGGAAAAUUGGCACCCUGAAGAUCGUUGCGGGAUUUGUGGACAACAUUCCAACGCUUUGCAUUGACAAGUGCCCCAACGCAGGCAAAAAGGACUCGCUCAUUCUCUGUCACGAUCUCUUUAACUAUCCGCGCUCGAACAUUGAUCCAAGCAUCGUUGGUUUACGAGAGAAGCUGUGGUCGGAGAUCUUGCCGCAACUUACUGAAGAGCCCAACUUCAACACAUUCGACCUCGUUUUCUGUACCGAUGCGGAUUCCACGAUCCACCAAGGCGCACUGGCCAGAUUGGCCGACGCCUGUUUGGCUAAUCCAAGGUCUAUCGCUGCCUGCGGCUUCGUAUUUGUCGAAUACGAGCCUGGGCUCGAAUGGUCGGUCUGGAAUCUCUAUCAGCAAUUUCAGUACUCUUUCGGGCAGAUCGUGCGGCGUGGAGCAGAGCAUUUCGUUGGAAAAGUCACAUGCCUCCCAGGAUGUAUCACCAUGAUCGUCGUGCGCCCAGAGAUGGCUGGUGCAAUUCAGAAAUAUGCCAAACCAGUGACAGCCUUUCCUGUGCUGCGUCAUCAAGUGCAAUAUCUGGGAACCGACCGCCGUUUGACAUAUUCGAUGCUGUCGCAGGGAAAGCACUUGCACACGCUUUUCGUUCCCGAAGCUGGAUCAGAGACAGUAGCACCACAGAGCCUGCAACACUACCUGAGCCAACGACGCAGAUGGGGCAGCAAUGCCUACUUCAACAACUACUUCUACUUUGCGGGCGAGAACAUGAUUCUCAUAACUCGUAUCGCGGCUCUGAUCGAGAUCACAAGGCUGACGAUGGUAUACUACCGUGUAUUCAACACUGGGCUUUUUCUAUACGGCGUCGCCAGCGAUUUCAGCAUCGUCGCAUUGGCGCCGCUGCUGGCCGUAUCCUUCCUUCCAAGUUUCUGGUUCGCUUUCGCAGUAUGCUUUCUCAACGCCCACUUAAGGAAAAAUUGGGUCAAGCUACUUUGCGGCUUCUGUAUCAAUCGAUGCGUCAGCCCGUUCAUGAGUGUUGCGGUCUUCAGCCUCGUGGCGAAAAAUCUCGGAAGUCAGGUCUGGGGAAUGAGCGGAGUGACUGCUGCCGCGCCAGGGGCGCCGAAUCCAGCGACAACUGGAGGACAGAGGCCAGUGGCAUCACCAUUGAAACGACAGGGAACUGUGGCAGAGGAAAGGCAGCGCCUAGCUGAUGAAGGGGGCCAAGAGAAGCCGGAUACGGAAGCAUGA